CUAGAUGCCUUCAGCCCAGGCUUCUCCCUGUAGGAGUCUAGCUCUGGUUUUUUUAAUCUGACAGUGUUUGACUCUUACUGGGGCUGUUCAUUUCACUUACCAAACUAUUACAUUGCUCUGGGGGAGAACCCAACAUUUUUCUAAAUAUGGUUCUCCCGGUGAAUGAGUGUUACCACUGCAACACCACUAUGGAGUAGGGUGAGAGUUUACAAUUAUAAAGCUGCAAAACAGUAGCUGUUCUUCAGUCAAUGCUGCAAUGAAAGCACAGCUCUGGUUUUUAAUAAGUGACCGUGACAGAGACCCCCAGUGUAACCUGCAUUGCUCCAGGUCCCAGUCCAAACCGCUGUGUGCCUCUGACGGCAGAACAUACGAGUCCAUGUGCGACUACCAGAGAGCCAAAUGCCGCGAGCCGAGCCUGAGCGUGACACAUCGUGGCCGGUGCAAAGAUGCUGGCCAAAGCAAGUGUCGAUUAGAGAGAGCUCAAGCACUGGAACAGGCAAAGAAGCCCCAGGAAGCAGUCUUCAUCCCAGAGUGCAAUGAGGAUGGAUCAUUCAUGCAGGUGCAGUGCCAUACCUACACUGGAUACUGCUGGUGUGUGACACCUGAUGGGAAGCCCAUUAGCGGCUCUUCUGUACAGAACAAAACUCCUGUAUGUUCAGGUUCUGUAACUGAUAAACCAUCAAGCCAGGGUAAUUCAGGAAGGAAAGUUUCUUUUCGAUUCUUUCUAACCCUCAAUUCAGAUGAUGGUUCGAAGCCAACGCCCACCAUGGAAACCCAACCUAUUUUCGAUGGAGAAGAAAUCACAGCACCCACACUUUGGAUUAAGCACUUGGUCAUCAAAGAUUCCAAAAUGAACAGCUCCAAUACAAGGAAUUCAGAAAAAGUUCACUCCUGUGACCAGGAGAGGCAGAGCGCCUUGGAGGAGGCCAGGCAGAACCCUCGGGAAGGCAUCGUCAUCCCCGAGUGUGCUCCUGGAGGGCUCUACAAACCAGUGCAAUGCCACCAGUCAACUGGGUACUGCUGGUGUGUCCUGGUGGACACGGGACGUCCCCUGCCUGGUACUUCCACUCGGUAUGAGACCCCAGUGUGUGAAAGCGAUGCCAGAUCGAAGAGCACAGAGAUUGAUGAUCCCUUCAAGGACAGAGAACUCCCAGGCUGCCCAGAAGGGAAGAAAGUUGAAUUUAUUACCAGCUUACUUGAUGCUCUGACUACGGACAUGGUACAGGCUAUUAACUCAGCAGCACCUACUGGGGGUGGGAGGUUCUCUGAGCCAGACCCCAGCCACACACUGGAGGAGAGAGUGGUACACUGGUAUUUCAGCCAGCUGGACAACAACAGCAGCAAUGACAUCAACAAGCGGGAGCUAAAGCCUUUCAAACGUUAUGUGAAGAAGAAAGCCAAGCCCAAGAAAUGUGCCCGGCGUUUCACUGACUACUGUGACCUCAACAAGGACAAGUCAAUCUCGCUUCAGGAGCUGAAAGGGUGUUUGGGAGUCAGCAAAGAAGGAGGUAGCCUGAGCAGUUUGCCCAAUGGAAAAAGACAAGGCCUUAACCCUUUCAUAGGUCGCCUGGUGUAGCAGCAGAAGACAAGAAGGGAAGGCAGGAGCUGACCCAAAGGAAGAAAAGAUCCAGUGACAGGCGGACAGACACCUUGCUGCUUGUGAGCAAGCAUCCAGUGUAGCAACAUCCAGUGUAGCAGAAGUGGCACCCAGAAUGUUUGCACUUUUAAAAAAUUGGUUUGGGUUUUUAAUUGCUUUUCAAUGCCAUUAUCUAAUACUUUGGAAAGUGGAGGGAAGCAGUAUCAUGACUUUUUAGAAUUGGAACAGCUACUGAUGAUGUAAAAUUGAGUUCACUUGGACUCAAAGAAUUUUAUAUACUGUAUAUAAAUAUAUAUGUAAAUUGUACAGUUGUCUUGUACAGGGAUAGGAGUCACUGUUCUGUUCCUCCCUUUGCUUUUGAAGGCCAUUAGGGUUAGAGGGACACUUUGCAUUUAAUGGAUUAUAGUAAUGCAUUCAUUUCUGCCACCAAACUAUAAUUCAGUGGCUAGCCUUAACAGCACCUCCAUGCAGAAAGGAGCCGGUGUAUCACCAUGAAUUGCUCUUGCAGAUGUGCACACAGUGCCCCAGAUACCAAAUGCUUCUUGAGAGCAGCUGAUCCCCUUUUCUUACCAUAAAGCUCUCUGCAACUCAGGCAAUUGGGCUUUCAAGAGCACAGAUUUCAUAUAAGUAUUGGUGCAAAACUGCUUAAAGUAGAGAUAGAAAAGGGUUGUAUUAGGGAUGUGCAGAAGUAGUUUGUGCACCUGUUGCAAGUUGGGCAUAAAUUAAAUACAAAUGCAUUGCUAUUCAUGCUCAGAUAACACGCUUAGCAAAGAUGUGCCAUGCCUCUGGAAUCUAAAGCUGUAGGAAGGAUGUGGGAGCCACAGGCCUUGUAGAGUCAGUAGAGGGAAGUCUUGCAUCUUCCACUCUGACAAAGUGUUCAUCUGUAUGCUGUAGGGCAAUAAACAUUUUGAGAAGCCUGCUAAAAGCAGCAUUAGCCUGCCUUGUGCUUUGCUGAAGAGCAAAGAAGAUACUUGUCAGUGCAGACAGACGCAGUUGUGCUGCUGGUCCCCAAGAGUCUACUUUACUUAUGUUUCAACAGUACAGCUUGGGCCAUGCUCACUGGUGAAGGUCUGUCAGCAGUGACUCUUCUUGUCCCUGGUGGUUGUGAAUACAAGUUCUCCUCCUGCACAGUGGUGUGCCUGUGCACUUCGCCUGAUUUGCUGUUGCCAGUACUUCCUGGGUACUGUGACACUGGGGCUGUAUCAACCACUAGCAGUUUUACCAAAGUUGUUUCUUUGGCAGGUGUGCCCAUAAUAGCAAUCCUAGAUUUGGGCAGAAUGUGAUGGGACACGCAGUGUUUUGCUUUGUGUAUUUCCAACCACUGGCAGCACUCGCCUCUUCUGAGUGGCCUCCCACUUCAGACCUGGUGAUCCUUCUGCCACUUAUCUCUGGACCAAGAACCUGUUAGAAGAAACUGUAGUGAAGGUGAUGAAAUGACAUGCUAAUAUGAGAUCACACCAACAAUUACUUGCAACAGCAAUAAAUUGCUGUAGAGGCUGGACUCAUCCCUCAAGGCUCUGUUGCUUUGGUAAAAGAUGAUACAACACAGCAUCUUCACUCUGUUAUGUCAUCAUGACAAUAGCAUGGGAUAAAUACAUCACCAAAAGAAGUGUCCUGAUGCAGUAAGUUAGUGCUUGUUGACAAAAUGGAAAAUUAAAUAAAAGAAAAACUAACAAGCCUUUCUAUAAAUAACUUGGUAAUAACUCUUCCUUUGGGAAGUAUAUUUGAGCUAAUUAAAACAUGUGGCAUGGUUGAAAACACCUCUGGUAAUAUCUGAACUAUAUAUCGUACCAUCAUAAUAUAAAGAAGUCAUCUCUUUAGCAAGAGCUGAUCCUGCUGCUGGAUCUUCACAGUUUCUCACACACAAUGUUUGUGCUUUUUUGGCCUGCAGGCUCCCACCUUCUUGACUGCUGCUUCUCUUUUGUUUUGUUUUGGGUUUUUUGUUUUGUUGUUUUUUAAUGCCCUGGGCACAUCUUUUGUGUGUUGAAAUAAUUUGGUUUAGUGUAUAGUUAGAAAAGUCCAUGUCACACUCACGAAUCCUAUUGUAGGGAGUCAAGAAUGAAACCAACUGUAUAAAAAAACCCUCUCCUUUUUAAUAUUCUAGUUUUAGGAAUUAAAAGUUCUGGCUGCUGGGUUGGUUGGUGUUUGUUGGUUUGGGUUUUUUUGGGGGUGGGGUUUUUCUUUGUUUGGUCGGGGAUUUUUUUAAUGUAUAAUUAUAUCCAGCAGAAACAAUUGGAUGCCUCUAGGAAUUCUAUCAGCCAAGCACUGGAGCUAGGCAAUGCUCCAUAAGAUUGUGGGGGAACUGUGGAGCUGCUAAAACUCACUGCAUCUUCUGGAAAUAAACCAGCCAGUCACCACUCCUGCUUUUUACAUAAAUCCUUCUGCUGACCUCCUUUUUCUCAUCCUUGUGUCCUUCCCCUCCAAAAGGCAAGAAUUCAUGUGGUUUGCAACUAAAAUUGGGUCAGUUCUUCAUGGAAGGCAAGCAAGGGGUGGCUGUUGGUUAACUUUGGUAUUUGAGGGAUUUCCUGUUGCUAGGCCAGGGCUGACUUUACAGAUGGAUUGGGGACCAGGCAUUACAUUGCUUUCCCCUGUCACAAGACAAUUCUCUCUGCAUCCUGACUUGCUGAAUUUGCGUGGGUCUCUGAGCAGCUUCCGGCAACACUUGUGCAUUGUCAUGGAAGGCCCAACCAAGCAUGACUGUGUAAAGUCCAGGUAGAGGUCAGGUUACUUGUUCUGGGUUUCUGUUGGAGGAUUGUGCAGACCAUACUUGUCCUGAUUCACACAGCCCACGCUAUGAGCUGUCCAACAGCCUGUACUCAUCAGAUGAGAGCAGUGCCUCAGCUGCCUACUUCCCCUCUUGGUUUUAUUGCCAGUCCACCUGGCUGCUAGGCUGCACUGUCCUUACCUGGUGGUUGUAAGCAAUCUUCUGCUUUGCCUUGCAUCAGUAGUAGCAUCCUUCUGAAGCUGGGACACAGUGAGUGUCAGUAUUGUGUCUGAAAGCAGACCCUGGGCAUGUGUCUCCUCAUCCUUCAAGUCCUCCUGGGCCUCUCCAGCUCUACUUUGAAUGACAGCUGAAAAUGGCUGGGACCGAGAAGAGAACCAGGACUCAACAGUGCAAGUCAAUCUGUUUGUCCUGCCAGAAGUAAAAAAAUUUCCUUUCUUGCUCAUCUUCCAAGGGCAUAGUGCGUUGUAGGAAAUUGCAUUACAAUGGGAUUCAUUUGUGUGAAGGCACUGCUUUCCAUGGCCUGAGUUUAUAUUGAACUUACCCAGCACAUUUCUGCCUGUGGCAAAUUUGUUAAACUGAAAGGCAUCCGUUUGGUUUUGGUUUUGUAAUAAAAUAGAUAACUUUUGCUCCAGUGUGUUGUGGUGGUUACUU